AUGAUGCCCUCGUUUCCCUCUCUCUCCGUUUCUCUUAUCUCAACCAUCUCCCUCUUAGGAACCGUCUAUGCCCGAACGACUCUGGAAGGCUGCACCUUCACCGAAACUGUCAGCGAGAAGAAUGAAUACUCCAUUGUCUGGUAUGUCCCCGAGACAGGCGAGAUAUGCGAUGUCUCUGUCUGUGGCGGCGGGCUGGACCCCUUCGACUACGACAAUCCUGCCUGUCCAGAGUACACUGGCACAGCUCCUUACAAGCCCAGUUUCCUUGCAGACUUUGGACCUUCCCCUACCGCUGUGACGGCGGAGACGACCGCAGAUGCUGCUGUUACUUCGGCUGCCGAUUGGGAUGAAGGAGAAGAAGGUGAUGAAGACGACGAAUUUGCUAGCACGACAAUUACGUCGACGCGUUUCUCGAGCACUGUUGCUACUAGCUCCACAGAGACAGCGAGGAGCACUUCGACUCCCCUAAUUCCUUCUUCUAGGGCUUCGUUGACGCCGUGGCCUACGUCAACCAGCUCUGCCGCUGUUAGCGAAAGUGCACCCGACUCGACAACUAUAAUCAGGACCUCCCCUGUCGCGUCGUCGCUGCCUCGGCCAUUCCCGACAACUAACCCUGUGACCAAACUGGCCAGCGAAAUGACGCCUUCGCCGGCGCCCCUGCAACCAGUACCUCCACGACCGGCACCUUCACAGCCAGUAGCCCUAAUUCCAGAACCCCCGAAGUUGGCGCCUCCAAAAUUGGCACCUCCAGAGUUAGCACCCCCCAAACCAGCACCCCCCCAACCAGCACUUCCUCAACCAGCACUUCCUCAGCCAGCACUUCCUCAACCAGCACUUCCUCAACCAGCACUACCUCAACCAGCACUACCUCAACCAGCACUACCUCAACCGGUACCGCCAACAACCAGCUCCAUCAAUACCGGAGUUGGUGGGUCGCCUACCAUGAUUGGUGUUCCAACAGUCACGGUCAUCCCAGCCCCCGCAGUGAAUGAUGGGGCCUCGCUGCGGCUCGGUACUAGCUUGGGUGCUCUCGGAUUGCUUGCGGCGAUUGUUCUGUGA